AGACACUGUUAAGUUAAAUGUUAAAGCAUUGUUAUCGUUAAACACGUACAAAAAAUAACAAAAAGAACAACUCAAAACGGAAAUAGAAAAAAUUAUAAAUAAGUGAUAACAUCAUGUACCAAGAAUAUCUCAAUCAAUUACAAUCCUCGCUGUUUCCCAUGAGCUCAGAUCAGCUCAAGGAACUGCUGAACAAUGACGACAAACUCGAUGACAAAGUUGACGAAGUGCUCGACUCACUGAAAACACAAAAAGUGCGAGUCUUUGAAGAGAAUCGCAAUAGAGCCGAAAAGAACAUUGAAAAGGAGCCACAGAUUAUUGAGCUGCGCAGCAAACUGGCCGAGCUCACCGAAGAGGGACGCACCAGUUGUGCUGCCGUUCAGGAGUUGCUUACACAGAUCAAGGAGAAGAGUGGCGGGGUCAAUCAAGAGACAGCGCUGGCCCUGCUUCAAACAUCUGCGUCAGAGAGCGAAGAGAAGACCGAGGAAUGCGUAAAGAAGUUCACAGACAACGAGAUCAAUGUGGAGACAUUCCUUGAAGAGUUUCUCAGCAGUCGUCGAAUGAUGCAUCUGCGUAAACUGAAGGCCGAAAAGAUGCAGGAACUGAUACGGAAGCAGUCGCAGCCGCAGCCACAACGUUCCAGCAACAUACCAGCUGGAAUGCCAGCCUAUGGAAAUCUGCCUGGCCCCGCUGGAAGUGGCUUCUAUCCAGGCAAUGUGCCAUACCCGAUGAUGGGUAUGCCGAUGCCGAUGCCGCCGCCGCCGUCGCGACCAUAUUGAGGAGUUUUCAUAGUAUUAGUAAUUUUGGAGAUGCUGCCAUAGCAAAUGACUCAUCAAGUGCUUUGUUUAUGUUUCCAUUUGAUAUCACACACGAGUAAAUAAUAAAGAUUCAGGCUUAUCGAGUUAAAAA